CUUUCCUUUUCGUUUCUUCCAUCUCCACUAGUUUCCAUGUCGUUCCGUCUUGCUCGCGCGAAUACACCAAGAGCAGACAUUGACGAUCAAGGCGGGCCCUUGGUUGUGGCCGUUUGGCAAGAAGAGCUCGAGUCUGGAGCAAUUCCGGGUGAUGAUUCGGCGGCCGACGCCGCUCUAACCAUUGGUCGUUUCUUCUAACUUUUCGUGGCAUUCAAUUUCUAUGACUCUUCCCGGAAUCUGGCGGCAUUCUCCACCAUAAAAGGCUCGAAAUCGGACUGCGUAUGCUGCGCCAUCGUCCAUGUCCCGGAGAGUCUCCUCCAACUCUUGUCCUCGAGAUCCUCUCCCCCAUU